CCGCAGGAGGACGCGCUUCUUCGCGAGCAGAUCCAGAAGCUCGGCGGCCCGGGCAACUGGACCGCUAUCGCCGAGGCUCUGCCCGGUCGCUCGAGCAAGAGCUGCCGCCUGAGGUGGUGCAACCAGCUCAACCCCAUGGUCAAGCGCGGCCCGUUCACCGAGGAUGAGGAUCGCGCGAUCCUCGCGGCGCAUGCCAUCCACGGGAACAAGUGGGCGGUCAUCUCCCGAUCCAUCCCCGGCAGGACGGAUAACCAGGUGAAGAACCGCUUCAACUCCACCCUCAGGCGC